AUGAAUAUUAUACCCAAACUUAAUCUUUCUAUUCUAUCAGAACUUCAAUGCAUGUUGCAUUAUACUAAUCCUUAUUGUAGAAUAUUUAGACAGGUUAGAGAUAUUGUAAGUUCGAAUCAAUCUGUUAACUUAAAGAUGGUCAUCACAGACAACAAAACCAAAGACCCUAGACAUUACAAUACUCUAAGUGCAACAGAAGUUGCAAUUAUUAUGAUUGAAGAUGGUCAAGAAGCUGAUGUACAUCAUUGUGAUAUUGUUCACUAUUUACAUAACAGUAAAAUGCAAAGAAUAUCAGAAAUACAUCAUACUUAUGAACUUUUGCAUUAUGUUCUUAUAUUUCCUAGAGGUAAAAACAGUUGGCAUCCAAAUAUAUCUAGAACUCAUAUUUCUUUUUCUUUGUCAAUAAAUGACUUUGCUAAUAUAGAUGCAUUAAUAAUAAAUGAUGAAGAAAAAAUAUCUACAAGAAAAUACGUUACUGCUAUGAAUUAUUUUGCAUACUGUCUUCACCUUGGCCAUCCAAAUGAACCUAUAGUUUUGCAUUUAUUUGGAAGACUUUUUCAACAAUGA